CAUAGAAAUGCAUAAACAUACAAAUGUAACAGAUCGACAGCUUUCUGUAUAUAAUGUUUAGUUUCAAAAAUUAUAUAUUCUAUGUAGUGACCAAGCAACGCAGUAAUCAGUGACAAAAAGAUUCACCAGAACCAGAGGUGAUUGAGGCCCAAAGGCGCGGAACAAAGCUGGCGGCGCCAAUAUCAAGAUCAGCGCCCGCGCUGCUCACACGGAAAGCCCGCAUUAAAAAUGCACAACAAAAUGGUGUUGACAAAUCGACCAAAGAGCCCGAAUCGUUUGUACCGGUAAAUUGCAAACCACUGGUAGAGUACCUGAACUUAGAACUGUCUUUGGGUUCCUCAAAUGUUGUCGAAGGCGUGAGUUAUGCGGCCGCAGUGGCCACAGCUCCCGCUACUGUUCCCAUAGCCAAACCCGCCGUGAACGUGACAAUAAAGCCUUGUACUACAUGUGUCAAAAAACCAAGAAAGCCGGGUAAAUGUAAGACCAGGGUAAUGCCAAGUGAUGCCAAGUUCAGCAUUUUCGAUGUGGAACAACCAAAACCACACAUUGUGCAUGUCGUUUACGAUCAAGCAGAUUUGAGCGCAUCGCAAAAAAAACGAAAGGCUAAAAAGUCACCACGGACUAAAAACGUUGAAAAGAUUUCUACACGUACUGCCGAAAAAGUUGACGCUGACAAGAAGGGACGUGAAAUUAAUAUCAAAAUGCUUGACUGUUCGAUAAUUACCGCUGUUGCCUCGGAACAGAAAGCUGAAGUUUUUGAUUUAAUUCAAGAGCCAUUGACAGCGCCAAUUGAUGUUGUAAAAUCUCCAAAAUUUCGAAAAGAAAUUGCUCAACCGCUGUUUACUGACACCAUUGGCUAUUUAACCUAUCACCAUGAACGCCUGAAGCGAAUACUUGCUAACCAAGGACACUCUACAUCAAUCGGAAUGAGCUUACAAAAAUCCAGUUUAAUGUCUACCGAAAUCGAAAUGAACAUGCCACAGUUCGAUGAUCCUCAUUUUAAAAACUUAGAGGCAGUCGCUAUCUUAGCACAGAACCGUUUCAUGCGUAAUACUUCUUCGGCCACAUCGUGACGCAUAACAGACGCACGCAGCAUAAAGACAAUUUUUUUCAUUCAGGAUGUUUAUUACGCAAAGCAAAUAAAUUUUCAAGUUAAAUGUA